AUGUCUAUCGAUACGAUCAAGUAUCCUUCCCUUGGAAAGGUCGAUGCUGAGGAUGAUGAUUAUGUUGAAUUCGGAGACGGUCGUGAGGCCCGCGUUCUCGAGUUUCUUCAGAACCACCCUUUCGUGUCCGACCUGCGCGGCAACCCGUCCAAGGUCCUCGCCGCCAUGGAUGAGUUCUCCGCCCAAGAGGACUUCCUCAUCAGCGUCGGCUCAGACAAGGAGCGUCUGCUCACCGGCAUCCUCGCGGCCGAGGCGCCCAAGGUCCUCGUCGAGCUGGGCGGGUACCUGGGCUACUCGGCCAUCCUCUUCGCCGACGCGAUGAAGCGCGCCAACCCCCAGGGCUCGCCUCCACCAGUGGUCUGGAGCUUCGAGUUCAGCCAGGAGUUUGCCGACGUCGCCGCCAAGAUCAUCGAGCUGGCCGGCCUGUCGGAGAGCAUCAAGAUCGUGGUCGGGCCCGCGGACGAAUCCAUCCGCCGCCUCAAGGAGGAAGGCAAGCUGGCUACUGCGGGUGUCGACGUCCUCUUCCUGGACCAUGUCGAGGACCUGUACGUGCAGGACCUCAAGGUCUGUGAGGAGCUGGGCCUGCUAAAGCCUGGGGCUCUUAUCCUCGCCGACAAUGUGGUCCGUCCUGGCGCCCCUGAGUACGUCAAGUAUGUUCGUGCGCACCAGAACCUCGAGAGCCAUGGGGUUAGAGCUUUGAUCGUUCCGGGCGAGUUCGAGGAUGAGAUUGAAGUCACCCGCGUCAAGAAAUAA